AUGUCAAACGAUUUGAAAGCUUUAUUGGCAUCGUUUAAAGAUGCCACGCAAUACUGGAUCACCAAUUUAACAAGUGAACAGAUAUCCCAAAUCAAGGCGUCAAAAGUGGACAACCCAUUGGAUGAGCUACUGAAACUAGUCAAGUUGAUCAAAGCCCAUGUAACAAAAGUGGGGAUAAUUUUCAAGCCCGAAACGUUGGCAAAACAAGAAUCUACUGCUUACACCACAUUGGAGAAACUCUCAGAAUCACUUAUCUUGUUGGUGUCGGUUGUAUCACAACUCCAAGCCAAGCAAAUUUCGAACUUGUUUUACAAUGAGAUUGUUCAUCAAGUUAGACAACUAAUAGAGUCCAAUCACGAAUUGGCUAAUGAGCUUACAUACAUCUACGAUGAAAAAGAAGAUUCGGCGAGGUUGGUUUCUGUGGGAAAAAUUUGGUCGAAUUGUGAUUCUCUCACGACAUUGAUAAAUAAUGGCGCUUUGAAUCUACUCACAUCAAAAAUAAAACAGAGUAUCGGGUUGAUUGAUGAUGGAUUUGAAGAGUUUGUUGAGUGGGUCGAAAAUCCAGUAGAUAUUGAUGAUCCAUUUGGACUUAGUGAUGAUGAAGAACACGAGGAUGAUGAGGAAAAGUUAAACCUGGAGGUGGAGAGCGAUGACGAAGAACAUUCGGCAGAGCUCAAGGCAUAUGCUGAGAAACUGUUAAAGGAGAUUGAAUUGGUGAAACUACUCCUUGCAUCGUUUAAAAAGUCAUUACCUAAAACAACUACAGGUCUUCAAGUAGAUGAAAUCAACAAUUUGCAAAAAACUAUCACCAAUUUGAUUGACAAGUUGAUCGUCGACUUGAUGUUGAACAGAGAAAUCACUAAAGAAGUCGAAUCAAUUUCCAAAGACAUAUCCAUUUAUUCCGUUAAGCUUGCCAAGUUGGCUAAAUCUAUACAUACUGAUAAGAAAUCAGCAUGGUAUACUACCUGGAUAACCAAAUUCAACUAG